UUUCGAGACUCAUGAAAAGCUGAUGCAAUAUCGCCAGAUUUAUUUCUCCCAAAAGGCUGUUUAAUCGCAAUUUUUUCAGUUAGCAAAUUACAUCCGUGUGUUACCGAGUGCCAGAGCUAGCCAUGGCGGAAGAAGAUGCGAUCUUUGACCCUUCUUUGAUGAAGAAAAAGAAAAAGAAGAAGACCCCGUUCGACCUGGAUGCCGCGAUGGCAGCGACAGAAGGUGCGGCCGAAACCGAGCCCGUGGCCACUGAAGCCAAACCUGCCGGCGAUGAAGAAGAUGAUCUCGACCUGGAGAACUUCAACAAAAAGAAAAAGAAGAAGAAGAAGCCGUUCAAUCUGGACGAUUUGGAAGGUUCGCUACCAACGGGAUCGGCUGAUGGCGAUGCUGAGGGAAAGGAGAACCGUGAAGAUGGUGAAGGCGCCGGCGCCGACGAUGGAUUAGAUGAAGAUUUUAAGAUGGACUUUAGCAUGAAGAAAAAGAAAAAGAAGAAGAAGGAUCUUACGGAACUCAUGGAGGCAGAAUUGGCGGACGGUCAGGAAGGACAGGACGAUGAUAAGGAUAAUGUGGAUGAAAAUGCUUCUACAUGGGCCGGUUCCGAUCGCGAUUACACCUAUGACGAACUGCUGAACCGUGUGUUUGAGAUCAUUCUCGACAAGAACCCGGAAAUGGCCGGUGGUCGCAAACCGAAGUUUGUGAUGCGACCACCGCAAGUUCUGCGGGUUGGCACCAAGAAAACAUCGUUUGCCAACUUUACGGAAAUCUGCAAAACGCUGCAUCGACUCCAGAAGCAUUUGUUGGACUUUCUGCUUGCUGAACUGGGAACCAGCGGGUCUGUCGACGGAAACAAUCAGCUAAUCAUCAAGGGUCGCUUCCAGCCGAAACAGAUUGAAAACGUGCUUCGAAGAUACAUCAAGGAGUACGUCACCUGCCACACCUGCCGCUCGCCCGACACCAUUCUGCAGAAGGAUACGCGACUGUUCUUCCUACAGUGCGAAUCGUGCGGUUCGCGUUGCUCGGUCGCUAGUAUUAAAUCCGGUUUCCAGGCCGUCACCAGCAAACGUGCCGCUAUGCGUGCCAAGACCGCCUAACGUGGCACUCCAGAAAACGGCAGACGCACUGGAUGAGCGGUGGUGUUCAUGUGUUGCAAAUGACUGUGUGGUGGCUGUUUCAUUCUGUUUGUUUUUAGCUACGUAUUUGUUUUUCUCGUCCAACCCUCAAGCGACGGAAUUGAAACAAAGCGCCUUGCGUGCCUCACUCUGUCCAAACUUACCAUCGUUACCAUCGGCUUGUCGAUGGCGGAUCACUGAUGUAUUUUUCGGUUGAUUUAGUAAUCAAAGUUCGAUUAAGUUUAGGGAGCAGUUUAUAUCGCUUGGUUUAAGAAUGGCGCAAUCAAUACACGAUAGUAACAAGAAUAAAUAUUCCCUACGAUCAGGCUCUUAUAUUCGGAUAAACAGAUAAUAAACAGUAAUCAACAUUUGA